AUGGGCGGCAGGCGCGGGGGGCCGGGGGCGCUGGCGGAGCCGCGGCGGCUGAUGCGCGCAGGGCUGUGGCUGAUCGUGCUGGGCCACGGCAGCCUGCUGCUGGGCGCCAUCGUGCACGGCUCCGUCCUGCGGCACGUGGCCGGCCCCAGCCGCGCCAUCACCCCCGAGUACGCGGUGGCCAACGUGGUGUCCGUGGGCUCCGGGCUGCUGAGCAUCGCCGUGGGCAUCGCCGCCAUCCUGGUGUCGCGCAACCUGUCCCGGGCAGCGCUGCACUGGACCCUACUGAGCGUGUCCCUGUUGAACUGCCUCCUGUCCACAGCAUGCAGCGUGGGCCUGGCACUGGCCAUUGCCCUCACCAUUCACAGCCGGGGCGGGCACCUCGUCAGGGGCUGCAACAGCUCUGCACUGCCUGCUGACGCCCGUGCAGCCAUAGCGACCAACGACUGUCCUUUCAACACCACACGCAUCUAUGACACAGCCCUGGCGCUCUGGUUCCCCUCCAUGGUGCUGGUGGCUGCAGAAGCUGUGCUGUCUGGCAGGUGCUGUUUGGUGGCCCUGAUCUUCCGGGGCAUUGGGCCCUGUGUACACAGCUACAGCAAAGAACAGCUGUCCAGGCCAAGUACGGUGAAGGAGGAGCCACCACGUGAGAUGCAGCAACUCCUGGCGGGGCUGGCUGAGUCUUGCACCUAG